AAGAAAACCGGAGUAGCGGACGACUUUUAAUUCCUGCGUGGUUAUGUUUGACAUAACAUUAAUUUUUAAUAUCUUGUAUUGCUUUUCAACUAUCGUAAACAAAUAAACAGGUGCCUGUCACGUAUCCAUUUGGAUCAUACGAAUCAACCCAGUAGAAGUUUUGGUUUGUUUUCAAACAUGUCAAUAACAAAUUCUGUGCUGUUGAGAUGUUGCCAGUUUGGCUAUCAGCAAAUAAGAACCAAAUACAUUAAGAAAGCCAGAGCAGGCCUCAACGUCGAAUGGAGAAUACAAAAUAAAAAAACCAUCAAUCCUAAUUCUUUUGGCCCUCUGACAAAUCUACCCGAUUACUCGUUCAAAGAUGGUAGAGUAGUUCCUUACGGAACAAAUCAAUUGAGGCGCAUAGAAGAACAAGCUAAAAUAUACAACAGGGUCUAUCAGCUGUCUGGAGAAAUGGACGCAGCCGUUGAGAAAUACAAUAAGAAGCAAGAGGCCAUUAAAAGACUAGAGGAAAAAAUCAUAGCUGGUAAAUUGAAAGAGAAAGGCAAAGUGAAGCUCGUGAAUGCAUAGAGCCUUGCUUGUUGAAUUGAAAAGCAGUUGUUUAUUGUUAAUCUGUAUCAUAGGUACUUUAGA